ACCUCUCAUCUUUUCUUCCCUCCCCACAGGUGCCUCGGGGAAGACGUUUUCUGCUUAAAUUGACUCUCACUUUCAGGUGUGCCUUUACACGCCCCGUUUGUUGCCUGGGCCUCUCAACACAGCCUCACAAAUCCCGAAACUCUUUGACAAGAUGUCGGCUUGAGCACAGCCUGCAGAAAAAUUGAAUUUAAUCAUUUCCUGACAGAAGGAUGCAAUUUCCCCUGACCUUUCUUUUACACCUUGGGUUGCUCAGUUUCACGAAAGCCCAAGAUAAAUGUCACAGGAGUGCCUGUCAUCCUACCACUGGCGAUCUCCUGGUGGGUCGCAGCGCACAGCUCACGGCUUCUUCUACCUGCGGGCUGGAUGGACCCCAGAAAUACUGCAUCCUCAGCUACCUUGAGGGGGAACAAAAAUGUUUCAUCUGUGACUCCAGAUCUCCCUAUGACCCAUACACGCGAUCCCAGAGCCACACCAUUGAGAAUGUCAUUACAAGUUUUGAACCAGGGAGAGACAAGAAAUGGUGGCAAGCUGAAAAUGGUCUUGAUCAUGUCAGCAUCAGAUUGGACCUAGAGGCGUUAUUUCAGUUCAGCCACCUUAUUCUGACUUUUAAGACUUUUCGGCCUGCUGCAAUGUUAGUCGAACGCUCCACAGACUAUGGACACACCUGGAAAGUGCUCAAAUAUUUUGCAAAAGACUGUGCUGCUUCCUUUCCCAAUAUCACUUCUGGCCAGGCCCAGGGAGUGGGAGACCUUGUCUGUGACUCCAAAUAUUCGGAUAUUGAACCCUCAUCUGGUGGAGAGGUCGUUUUAAAGGUUUUGGAUCCCAGGUUUGAAAUAGAAAACCCCUACAGCCCCUACAUCCAGGACCUUGUGACAUUAACAAACCUGAGGAUCAACUUCACCAAACUCCACACCCUGGGGGACACCUUGCUUGGAAGGAGGGAAAACGGUUCUCUGGAUAACUACUACUACGCUCUGUCCAACAUGGUGGUUGGGGGCAGCUGUUUUUGCCACGGCCACGCUAGCCAAUGCAUCCCCAUGCAGAAAGUGCGGGGAGAUGUUUUCAGCCCUCCUGGAAUGGUUCACGGCCGGUGUGUCUGUCAGCACAAUACAGAUGGCCCGAACUGUGAGAGGUGCAAGCGCUUCUUCCAGGACGUUCCGUGGAGGCCGGCAGCAGGCCUCCAGGACAGCGUGUGCAGAGCUUGUCGCUGCAACGGCCACUCGGACCGCUGUCACUUCGACAUGACCGUGUACCUGGAGAGCGGCGGCCGCAGCGGGGGUGUGUGCGAGGACUGCCAACACCACACGGAGGGACAGCACUGUGACCGCUGCAGACCCCUCUUCUACAGGGACCCGCUCAGGGCCAUGUCCGAUCCUUACGCGUGCAUCCCUUGUGAAUGUGACCCGGACGGGACCUUAUCGGGUGGCAUUUGUGUGAGCCACUCUGAUCCUGCUUUGGGGUCUGUGGCCGGCCAGUGCUUGUGCAAGGAGAACGUGGAAGGAGCCAAGUGUGACCAGUGCAAGCCCAACCACCACGGACUGAGCGCGGCUGACCCCCUGGGCUGUCAGCCCUGCAACUGUAACCCUCUUGGGAGUCUGCCUCUCUCAGCCUGUGAUGUGGAGACUGGCCAAUGUGCAUGCCAGUCAUUUGCCACCGGACCACACUGUGAAGAGUGCACUGUUGGAUACUGGGGACUGGAAAAUCAGCUCCAUGGAUGUUCUCCCUGUGAUUGUGACAUUGGAGGUGCUUAUUCCAACGUGUGCUCCCCCAAGGAUGGCCAGUGUGAAUGCCGCCCGCACAUCACUGGCCGCAGCUGCACUGAAUCAGCCCCCGGCUACUUCUUUGCUCCUUUGAAUUUCUAUCUCUAUGAGGCAGAGGAAGCCACCCCUCUCCAAGGACUUGCACCUUUGAUAGCAGCAACAGCUUUGCCUACGUGUGAUGUGUACUUCCAGCAACAAGGGAGUGAUUUCAUAGUUGACAACGGCACGAUAAUACUGAAGAGAAAUCAGAAGCAGAGUGUACAUGCUGACGAGCAAAGUGAGGGCUCAGUGACUUUUGGCCAGGUGCCUGCUGUUCACGGUGUUUUCCGAGAACCAGUUCCUGGAAGCCCUACUGCGUGGACUGGACCUGGAUUCGCCCGGGUUCUCCCUGGGGCUGGCUUGAGAUUUGCCGUCGACCACAUUGCCCUUCCCAUGGACUUCACCAUCGCCAUUCGCUAUGAGAUUCAGCCCGCAGCCGACUGGGCUGUCCAGAUCCUGGUUAACCCCCUCGGAAAGAGCGAGCACUGUCCACGUGAGACUCCAUGGCCACGACCUCAGUCCUUCCCUUUACCGGCGACUUCCAGAAUCGUGCUGCUUCCCACGCCCAUCUGUUUAGAACCAGAUGUACAAUAUUCCAUCGACGUCUAUUUUUCCCAGCCUUUGGAAGGAGGGGCCCACGCUCAUUCACACAUCCUGGUUGAUUCACUUAGUCUGAUUCCCCAGAUCAAUUCACUGGAGAAUUUCUGCAGCAAGCAGGAUUUGGAUGAAUAUCACCUGCACAACUGUGUUGAAAUUGCCUUGAAAACAGGACCUCAGAUGCUCCCGGGUGCGUGUGAAAGGCUUAUAGUGAGCAUGUCUGCCAGGCUAAACAAUGGGGCAGUAGCCUGCAAUUGUCACCCCCAGGGCUCGGUGGGGCCCAACUGCAGCCGGCUUGGGGGCCAGUGCCAGUGUAAGCCCCACGUGGCCGGGCGCUGCUGUGACAGGUGCUCCACAGGAAGCUACGGUUUAGGACAUCAUGGCUGUCACCCAUGUCACUGCCACCCUCAAGGCUCAAAGAGCGCUGUAUGUGACCAGAUAACGGGACAGUGCGCCUGCCAGGGGGAGGUGGCUGGCCUCCAAUGUGAUCGGUGCCUGGCAGGCUACUUUGGAUUUCCCAACUGCCGCCCUUGCCUUUGUAAUGGUUUCGCUGAACUUUGUGAUCCAGAGACAGGGUCAUGCUUCAAUUGCGGGGGUUUUACAACAGGAAGAAACUGUGAAAGGUGCAUUGAUGGUUACUAUGGGGAUCCUCCUUCAGGACGCUCCUGCCGUCCUUGCCCGUGUCCGGAUGUUCCCUCGAGUAAUCAGUAUUUUGCUCAUUCCUGUUAUCAGGAUCCUUGGAGCUCAGAUGUGAUCUGCAAUUGUCUUCAAGGUUAUGCAGGUAAGCAGUGUGGCGAAUGCUCUGCGGGUUUCUAUGGAAAUCCCAGAAUUUCAGGAGCACCUUGCCGGCCAUGUGCGUGCAAUAACAACAUCGAUGUGACUGAUCCAGAGUCCUGCAGCCGGGUAACAGGGGAGUGCCUUCGAUGUCUGCACGACACUCAGGGACCCAACUGCCAGUUCUGCAAACCAGGUCACUUUGGAUCGGCCAUCAAUCAGACCUGCAGAAGGUGUUCCUGCCAUCCUUCCGGUGUGACUCCUGCUGCGUGUCCCCCUGGUCAGGGAGCUUGCCUCUGUGACCCCAACACUGGCACAUGUCCUUGUCUCCCCAACAUCACAGGCCAGACCUGUGACCGUUGUGCUGACGGAUACUGGAAUCUUGUCCCUGGCAGAGGAUGUCAGCCAUGCAACUGCGACCCCCGGACCUCUCACAGUGGCCACUGUGACCAGCUUACAGGCCAGUGUCCGUGUAAAUUAGGCUAUGAUGGGAAACACUGCAGUGAGUGCAAGGAAAAUUAUUAUGGUGAUCCACUGGGACGAUGCCUUCCAUGUGACUGCAACACAGAAGGUACCCAGAAGCCCGUCUGUGACCAGAACACAGGCAUGUGCCGCUGUCGGGAGGGUGUGAGCGGCCCUCGCUGCGAUCGUUGCGCCAGAGGUCACGGCCAGGAAUUCCCUGCCUGUCUUCCGUGUCACCAGUGCUUUGAUCAGUGGGACCGUGCUGCUUCUUCCCUCUCCAAAGCAGUGCAAGGGUUAAUUGGGCUGGCUGCUAACAGGGAAGAUAAAACAGAGACCCUGCUUGUCUGUGAGGCGGACUUCAAAGGCCUCAGAGAGAACAUGUCUGAAAUAGAAAGGAUUUUAAAACAUCCUGUUUUCUCAUCUGGGGAAUUCUUAAAAGCCAAGGAUUAUCAAGACUCUGUUCGGGAACAAAUCAUGCAGCUAAGCCUGCAACUGAAAGCAGUACAUGAGUUUCAAGAUCUGAAAGAAACAAUGGUAAGAAUGAAGAAGGAGGCAGACCUCUUACUUGAAGAUCUUCGGAAAGAAAUUGAUUUGCGCUCCCGGGCCCAUACUGCAAACAUCAUGGAUCCCUCAGAGACUAUCAAGAAGCAUUAUCAGAGGUCAUCAUCUGCUGAAAAGAAAAUUACUGAAACCACUUCUAUCAUAAAAAACUCUGAAAAAACCAGGAAUGACUUACAUAGCAUGUUUGAUAUGCUAAGCUCAAAAGAAAACUUGUCAUUGGAAAAAUUAAAGCAGAUUACAGUCCCGGAUAUCCAAAUACUGAUUGAAAAGGUGUGUGGGGUAACAGGGGACAUGCCGUGCAUGCUUCCGUCCUGUGGGGACCCCAGCUGCCGUGGCUCCUGGACCCUCUCCGGCCAUGCCCUCCAGCAAGCUCAGGAAGCAGAGUCUGUGAUUCAUAAUUUGAGCGACCAGGUUCAAGGUUGGAAGAAUCAGCUCAAAAAUGUAAGCAAACUGGCAGAAGUCUCCAAAACCAAUGCCUUACAGCUGAGUGAGAAACUGAGGAAUAUGAAAAACCAAAGUCAAUCUGAAGAAGAAAAAAUGAGUCUUUUAAUCAAACAACUGAAAAAGUUUUUGUCAGAGGAAAAUGUGCCUCCGGAGGACAUAGAGAAGGUUGCAAAUCGUGUACUUGACAUCCAUCUACCAAUAGCAUCACAAAAUCUAACCCGUGAACUUGACAAGAUACGAAAACUGACGCAGCUCUGUGAGGACAACGGAACAGAUGCGGGCAGGCUAAAUAAAGCGGCAGACGAAGCCCGAAAGGUUUUGGUGAAAGCAAAAGGAGCUGAAAAAGCAGCAAAUGUUCUAUUAAAUCUUGACAAAACGCUGAAUAGAUUGCAACAAGUUCAAACCACCCAAGGACGGAUAAAUUCUGCCAUCACACAGCUGACUGCAGAGAUAACAAAAAUUAAAAAGAACACUGUGCAGGCUGAAAAGGAAGCCAAGGACACCGAGAACAAGCUGGACUCAGCAAAGCAGCAGUCGGUGCUGGAAGCUGGACUCUCCCAGCUGCGGACCACGUUGCAAAGGAACAGGGGGCGAGCGGCCCGCGUGAGAGCUCAGGCUGCAUCGGCCCAACGCCAAGCUGGGGGCCUUGAACAGGAGUUUGCAGAGCUAAACAACCAAUAUGCUGUUCUGCAGCAUAAGACAAGUGCCACAGGACUGACAAAGGUAACAUUAGAUAAAGUGGAACAGCUGAAAGAGGCGGCAGAAAAACUGGCCACAGAUACAGAAGACAAGAUAAGAAGAAUAGCAGAUUUAGAAAAGAAGAUCCAAGAUUUGAAUCUGAGUAGACAAGAAAAAGCUGACCAACUGAAAGAGUUGGAAGAUCAAGUUGUUGCCAUUAAAAAUGAGAUUGUUGAGCGAGAAAAUAAAUACGCUGCUUGCUACAGUUAGGCAGAGGGGAAGUACGAAGUCACCUGUGCCUUCCUUUCUGGCUUCUGACAAGUAAACCUGAGGAGCUGUGCUGAACGUGAGAAACAGAAAUGGUCAGUCCUGCCUGCCUCCCUGUCCCGAGCCCGGUCCUUGCCAGAGAUCUGAGCUGGGCCCAGGCAAUGCUGUUCCGCAUGGAAUAGAAAGGGGGAAGCAGAGAAAUCGCCUCUGGCUUGAGAAACCUUUCCUCUUGCCUUCCUUUCUCUUUCAUAACCUAAAAAUAAUUUGUUACAUAUGGCAAGCACAAAUCUAAAUAAGUAUUCUAUUUACUAAUCAUCAUUUCAGUCAAGCGAAACUAAAUGUGAAAUGACUUGCUAGGGGCUGGGGGACAAGGGGAAAAGUGUUACUACUAAUCAGUGGGCAUAAAGUUCCAGUGAAGCAACGUGAAUACGUUCUAGAGUUCUGCCUUACAUUACACGUAAGUCAAGGAUAACGUAUUGCACACUUACAAGUGUGUUAAGAAGGUAGAUCUCACGGUGCCUGCAUGGCUCAGUCAGUUGGGCAUCCAACUCUUGAUUUCAGCUCAGGUCAUGAUCUCAUGGUUUGUGAGAUCCAGUCCCACGUCAGGCUACCCAUUAGCAGUGUGGAGCCUGCUUGGGAUUCUCUCUCUCCCUCUCCCUCUCUGCUUUUUCUCUGCUUGUGCUCUCUCUCUCACUCUCGAAAUAAAUAAAUAAACUUAAAAAAAAAAAGGUAGAUCUCAUAUUAAAUGUUCUUACCACAAUAAAGUAAAAUAAAUUUAAGCAAAUGAAGUUAAAAUAAGUCAAUGUCUCUAACACUAGAAUGGAAUAAAUUUGGAUGGCAUGUGUUAGCUUGUCCUGUAUUUGAUUUUUAUUUGGAUUUGCGCUAUGUACGAAACUAUCACUCUAUCGUGAGUAAAAUGCAUAGAAUUCAAAAUGUAAUUAAAAAAAAUUUUUUUUUACAUUUAUUUAUUUUUGAGAGACAGAGAGAGACAGAGCGCAAGCAGGGGAGGGACAGAGAGAGAGGGAGACAUAGAAUCCAAAGCAGGCUCCAGGCUCUGAGCUGUCAGCACAGAGCCCAAAGCAGGGCUCGAACCCAUGAACCGUGAGAUCAUGACCUGAGCCGAAGUCAGAUGCCUAACCGACCGAGCCACCCGGGCGCCCCCAAAAUGUAAUUUUUAUACCCGCUUCCCUAUAUAUCCAUUCUCUCAACCAAAGAAUUCCGCCCUCCCCAAAUGGCACUGGAACAAGAUUCAAAAAGAUAAAUAUUGAACUACUUUUCAUAAUUUGUCUGUAAGCAUUUUUGCUGCAAAAUCUGAUUUUUGAAAGAGUAGCAAUCCUGCUGUUAUUGUUUGGUAUGAAAGACCGGGUUGUCUCAUUUCCAAUUAGGUCUAUGAGUCCACAUUAACUUGUUUUGCAUGUCUGCUAUAUAACAGAGCACAGUGCUUCUAUUUGUGAAAGUUGUCCUUCAGCAGGGUUAUUUUAAGGGAAUCUAGCCCCUCAUUUUUGCAUAAGAAAUAAUGGACACUGACACUGCCAUAUGAAAGAGGAAAGCAGCUGGAACCAUGUCCCUUAAAGACUGACUCAUAAAAACUGGAUUUAAACAUUUAACGAAGGGGGCUUUAGGAUUACACAGAAUUAUGACAUUUCUUAAAACAUAGAUUAUUUAGGAAAAUUGCAGUUUCCCUGGAGAUCCUGAAGAAUGGAAUGACAUUUUUCUACCGGAAAGACCCCCCAGAAAUCUCUCUUGAAACAUGAUUGUAAUGUUCUUACACUUUUGGAAACUUCUACGAAAACAAAUGACACACGGAGUUGAACACUAGACUGUCACAAUGUCUACGUUGUUUGCUCCAACAUACAGAGUGGAACACACUCCAGCUUUCCCACCAGGACACUGACUUCCACCUUUGAACAGGUGGUUGACUUUCCAAGCAUGGGUAUCUGUUUGCAACAGCAACAUUCAACCGUUUUACCUUUUUAGUGGUUGGAGACUAUGCAAGUACCAGCCAGAGAGUGUGGAAAGGGUUGAAGAGGAAGGAGUUUCUGUCUUCUGACCAGGAGGCUAUUGAAGUCACCCCGGGCAGCAAAUUCCCCAGCGCUGAGGAAAGCAUGGGAAUCAAGUGCAAGGGCAAGAUAAACCCACCAUCUCUCCUCCAGGCCUCCGGGGAUGAGGGAUCCCGGUUGGAGGAGGUUAGGAAGUAUGUGAUGUAUUUUGGAAAGACUGUAAUCAAAAAGUGGUUAUGCUUUCUAAACUUUGGUGUUUAAUAAGCCUUGGUUAUCUUAAAAAAAAUGGGCAUAUGCAAAAAAUCUUCUUCCUGAGAUAAAUCAUUUGUAACUUGUA